AUGAGAUCUCGUCAGCAUCCUAUUCAGGUGAAACCAGUGAAUAGGUUGCUGAACGCUCAAUCACGUCGCUUCGAGCGCAGCACCUUACCCAACUGCAUCGAGCUUCGCGUCGUUUUGAUUCAACUUCAUGAAUCUACUCAGCGGAGCAGUCCUUCACAGCUCGGUGCAAUUGCGUUAGCCGAAAAUCUGAAAUGGGAUUCCAUCCGAGAGUUGGAAAUCCCCAACGGGCUGGAUGGACACUUUAGCAGCGAGUUUACCGGCAGUGGUCGACCUUGUCGUGUGAUAAUGGGGGUCGGUAGGCAGGUCGAAACUGACUACGAGACUACCUCCCUCAUCUAUGAGUUACAUUGUUUCAAUUCUAAUGUACAAAAUGGAAAGCGGCCAUCAUAA